ACACACACACACACACACACACACCAGAGAUCUACAGACCAAACCAGAGGCAGAGAGACAAAGACAGAAACAGACAUGAGGUUGCAGGGGUAGGAAACAAUAAUAGAAAGAUCGGGAGAGAGACCGACAGACAAUCCCACACUCCAGAUACGGGGAGAGAGGGACCGGCUGAGAGAGAGUAAGAAGGCGACCAGCCACAGGACAGCGUGGCCAGCAGCAGGAUGGAGGGGCAUCCCACAAAGAUGUAGUGGUCAGGGUCUGGCAGGGUAGGGUGAGUGGGGGCCUGGGCAGGGGCAGGGGCAUGGGAGGGGCAGGCAUUCUAUUGUUGCUGUUGGCCGGGGCUGGGGCAGGAGUGGCCUGGAGUCCCCCCAAGGCAAAGUGUCCCCCACGCUGCUCCUGUUCCAAGGAAAGUACCCUGUGUGAGGGCUCCUCCGGGCUGCCCGAGAGCUUCUCCGCCACGCUCCUGUCACUCUCCCUCAUCAAGAUGGGGGUCUCCCAGCUGAAGGCUGGCAGCUUCAUGAAGAUACCAUCACUGCACUUGCUGCUCUUCACAUCCAAUACCUUCUCCGUGAUCGAGGACGAUGCCUUCAUUGGCCUGUCCUAUCUGCGGUACCUCUUCAUUGAGGACAACAAGAUUGGCUCCAUCUCCAAGAAUGCCCUGAGAGGACUCCGCUCACUCACACACCUAAGCCUGGCCAACAACCACCUCGAGGCCCUACCCAGAUUCCUGUUCCGAGACCUGGAGACUCUGACUCAUGUGGACCUCCGUGGGAACCCGUUCCAGUGUGACUGCCGAGUACUUUGGCUGCUGCAGUGGAUGCCUACGGUGAAUGCCAGUGUGGGCCUGGGGGCCUGUGCAGGCCCCUCUGCCCUUGCCCGAAUGCAACUCAACCAUCUUGACCCUAAGAAGUUCAAGUGCAGAGCCACAGAACUGUCCUGGCUCCAGACUGUUGGGGAGUCGGCACUGAGCGUGGAGUCCUUCUCCUAUCAGGGGGAACCUCACGUGAUCCUGGCACAGCCCUUCGCUGGCCGCUGCUUGAUCCUGGUCUGGGACUACAGCCUGCAGCGCUUCCGGCCUGAGGAAGAGGUGUCCGCGCCCUCCGUGGUGUCCUGCAAACCUCUGGUGCUGGGCCCACACCUCUUCAUACUGGCUGCCCGCCUGUGGGGAGGCUCACAGCUGUGGUCUCGGUCUAGCCCCGACCUGCGUCUGGCCCCAAUACAGGUCCUAGCCCCUCAAAGGCUGCUGCGACCCAAUGAUGCAGAGCUCCUGUGGCUGGAUGGGCAGCCCUGCUUCGUGGUGGCUGACUCCUCCAAAGCUGGUAGCACCACGCUGCUGUGCCGCGAUGGGCCCGGCUUCUACCCACGUCAGAGCCUGCAUGCCUGGCACCGCGACACCGACGCCGAGGCCCUGGAGCUGGAUGGCCGACCGCAUCUGCUGCUUGCUUCCGCCUCCCAGAGGCCAGUGCUCUUCCAUUGGUUUGGUGGCCGCUUCGAGAGGCGCACAGACAUCCCAGAGGCUGAGGACGUCUAUGCCACGAAACACUUUCAGGCCGGUGGAGACGUGUUCCUGUGCCUGACACGAUACAUUGGGGACUCCAUGGUCAUGCGCUGGGACGGCUCCAUGUUCCGACUGCUACAGCAGCUUCCGUCUCGAGGUUCCCAUGUCUUCCAGCCACUGCUCAUCGCCAGAGACCAGUUGGCCAUCUUGGGCAGCGACUUCGCCUUCAGCCAAGUCUUCCGCCUUGAGCCUGAUAAAGGGAUCCUGGAGCCACUACAGGAACUGGGACCCCCGGCCUUGGUGGCCCCUCGAGCCUUUGCCCAAGUCAUGGUAGCAGGAAGACGCUUUCUAUUCGCAGCGUGCUUCAAGGGCCCCACGCAGAUCUACCAGCACCAUGAGCUGGAUCUCAGUGCCUGAGGCUGGGCAGGACCCUGGAAGUGGCUGUGGGGCUGGCAAGGACAUCCUACGACAUCUGGGUACCCACUCGGGCCUGGCAACCUGGCCAUCACAGCCUGUCCUGUGUGAUACAGACUACUGCUAUCCAAGUGCAUCAGCCUGGGUCAGGCUUAGCCUACCUUUUGGAAGAUCUGCACUUUAGGGAGAAACGGGAGGAGGUCUCUCUGCUCCCAGCAAUGUUUGGGGCUCUUGCAGUCUGAAGCCACAUUUUGGCUCCCUAGACAAUGGCUUGGGAGCUCAGCCUGGGACACAACAGGGAGCUGGGAUACAGAAAUCAAAAGAACAAUCUGCUGAGCUCAAGAGGUCUGGAUAUCCCGCCCUCAACGACCCCUUGGUCCUGCUCCAUAUAAAGUACCGGGAGAGAGCUUUCUUUUCCACUCAAACUCGAACUGGCCAUUGGCUUUCGUGGAGGAGUGCGUAUCUCUGUGACGUCACAGUUGCUGGGCAGUUUCCGGGACUGGUACUUUGCUGCUUGUGCGCAUGUCUGCUGCCAAACUCCGAUUGGGGAGUUUUGAAGCUUUUACGCAUGCGCAGAAAAAGUGACAGGGUAGAGAUGAGUCUGGAGGUGUCAGAGAAAGCCCUGGGUACCCCGUUCCCAGAAUGUGACAGGGGCAAGAACAGAAAGUGUGUGAGUUCAAUAAAUGCCCUGCGCUCCCGACCUGCCCGGUCUGUGGGCUCAUGGCAGGAAGGUCUUGUGAA